AUGGAGACAAAGCCAUUGCCCACAUGCAACGAGUACGACCCGUUGGAUGCGCACCUUGAAGAGCUAGAAGAGCCCGGUACUAAUUACCUACAAGAUUUUAUCGUGUUACCUCAAAAGCAUUCGAAAUGCUCGCCCCUAAAUGGAUACACGUCUGAGGAAUCGGACUAUUCGGUAGUUACCCCAUCUGAAGAGCACUACAUGUCGUUCGUUCAGACUGCUUACACAGGCGAGCCCGUCGGCGUUGUCGACGAUCUCAGCAGUAGUGACUUGACGACUGUCUCUUCUCAACAACAUCAGCAAACGAAUGCAGGAAAAGUCAUCAAAGCAAAGACCUCCAAAUAUAGAGGGGUGACACAGACGAUAAAUGGUCUUCUUGAGCUGGACGAGAUGUCCCUUGAAGAGUUCGGCAGUGCCUUGAACGCAGGCGAUUUGGCCGAAGUGGUCAUCGUACGACCGGACGAGGAGAUAAACUCGUCAUCGCUUCUGGAUGAAGCCGUCUUGAAGGGCACCAAGAGAGUGCUUAACGCACGAAGUGGUUUGUCGAUCCUGCGGAAUCCCAUAGAUUCGUACUAUCCUUUGGUCAAGGAAUUUCAAGACGCUGUCUCCAAAGACCCGCCUUCGGUCCUACCUCCGGACCGAGGUGUGCGUCAUGAGAUCGACCUGGUUUCGGGAACCAAAUACUGCCUAACACGCUAA